AUGGCAAGGACACUCCAAAGGUCCAAUGAGUGUUCGGCGGGCAGCGACGGUCCCCCAGGACCACCGGGCCCUCCGGGCGUGAAGGGGGACCUGGGAGGACCCGGGGUUGCCACAACUAACUGGCGGCAAUGCUCUUGGUGGAUGAUUAACGACGGACAAGACAACGGUGAAGUCCGUACGUGUUCCUUCACCAAGGAAUACUCCGACACUUACCUCUAUGUGGCGAUCUCCGGCAACCUCCGCGUAGCGUACAACAACCCCGCCUGCUGCCGUUGGUACAUCACAUUCAACGGUGCCGAGUGCUCCGACCCGGCCCGCAUUGAGGCUGUGACGUACGCUGGGGGUUACAGCAACUACAACUUGCACAGACCAAGAGUGUUCUUUGGUUAUUGCAAAAGCUUGUCAUCUGGAAGUUACACCAUCGGCUUGAGAGUGGGCAACUGCGCUGGCUACGGUAACUACGACUGCUACACUGGAUGGAACAGUGCACUGCAUUUAAUGAUAGAGGAAGUUACACAAUCGCCUUACGAUUAGAUCAGCUUUCUACAGACGUGGCAGGAGAAUACUUCAAUCACACUCGCUGUAAUGACAAUGCCCCAUAUCGAAAGACCUCCGGAUUUUCAAAGAAAAAAAAGGGAUAAGUUAUAGCAACCUCUCGUGCUCAUGCAUCUAUACCUGAGGGAAGCUUCUGGACAGUAGGUCUGCGAAGUGUUGUGAUCGAAACCGUCCCAAGAACAGACACAAGACCCAUCACAAGGAACAGGAGCAAACCGGAAUGUUUUUGUUGUCGUUCGUUCAAAUAGUUGUUGAGUUAAAAAUGCAUUUCAGUCUUUAACACUGACGGUACGAGUCUACGACAUCACACGAUGGGGCUUUUCUCCUCGUGAAUGCGGAAAUUGGAUCAGCAUGUAAGAAAAUCCCUACGACACCCUAAGAAAUGGUAAUUUAGAAAAACAAAAAUGGGUCCUGUGAGUGCAAUCCCAGGAUACCAAGGAAAAAAUUCAUGGCAUUUGCCCCUCAUCUAUUCCACAUACUUAUUUUUACUGCCAUGUUUGUGGCAAGGUUCGUCUGAGAAUCUGAAGUGCCGUAAGAA